AUGCCCAAAGGUACGCCAUCCAGCCCCGACUUCAACCACGACGGCCACAUUUCGCGGUCCGAGGCCAAGAAGGCCAACUUCAAGGUGCAGGCCGCCGACACCAACGACGACGGACGCAUCACCCGCUCCGAGGCCAAGAGGAUGAAGGAGCUCAAGCUCGGUCCCGUCAAGUUCGCCUCGCUCGAGUGA